GUCAGAGAGAAACACGGAGGCACUUGACUCCUGCGCACGUCAUGACAGGCCAACAGUGCAAAAACAGCCACAUUUAUGCUGUUUGAAGUGAACUUAAAAAGCACAGGCCUGAGUGAAAGGAACAGGGAAAUGAAAAACGUAAGGACGGUUUUAGCUGCUGCUUUUCACCAAGUCUGGACUUGCUGUCUCGAUCCAAGCAGAUUUAUUACGCAGGUGUGAGGGGAGUGUGUUAAACUGCAGUGGUUAUGAUUGGGAGCCACCAGGACAGAUGGCAGAGCAAGAGGAACCGCUGUAUGACUUCCCCGAGCCGUCCCAGACCUCCAGGUUCAAAGGGCAUCAGAGGAGUCGGGGGUCCCUGAGGAGCAUCAGUGUGCUGGACCGGCUCCUCCUCACUGUCCCCGUGUGGCUUCAACUGUCAAUCAACCCGGCCACGGCUCUGCACAUCCUGCAGCGAGAGCCUCCAGGGACAUUUCUGGUACGAAAUUCUCGCACAUCCCAGAAGAAAGUGCUGUGUAUGCGUUUGGCUGACAACAGUGUACCGUCUUUUGUUCAGCAGUUUGAUAUUCAGGAGGAACACUCAACCUUCUCCCUGGUGACCUCAGCCAUCAGUUUCCCAGAUCUUCCAAGACUCAUUUCUUUUUACUGUGUCAGCAGAGAUGUGCUGCCAUUUCCAUUGGAGCUCCCAGAAGCAAUAGCAAGAGCAACAUCCCACAAAGAACUGGAGUCCAUCUCACACAUGGGAAUAGAAUUCUGGAGUUCUCACUUGAAUAUCCGUGGUCCACGAGAGGCUCCUAAACCGCAGAAAGACCCAGAGACGAAACCAGACACUGCUCCCACAGCUUCACCUCCAGCUCUUGAGGUCCAGCCAAAAAAAGACCACCAAACGGACGCUGACACCCAGCCUGCAACCCCACCCGAACCUCAACCGAUCAAAGGAGACUCCACCAAUACAGCUCUGUUUAAGGAGUUUUGCCCCAUCAAAACUCGUAGCCCUAAAGAACUGAACUAUGGAUCAGGCAUAGGGGCACUCUGCUUCAUUAACCCACUUUUCUUGCAAUCCCUAAAUGCAUGGUCAAGGCGCCGUAUGUUCAAACGCAGCCUCAAAGUCCGAGUUUCGACUGAGAGCUCAACUUUGCUGUCACCACCACUCGCUCCGCCCCCUCCACCACCGCUAAUGCCAAAAUCUAAGAGUCGCUGUAAAGCUAAAGAUACAAAGGCAGAUGAACCGAUUAAAGAUACUGCUGAUGAUGUACAAGAAAAUAAUCAGUCAUGUCAAAUGAACACAGUAGAUGAGGACUAUACAGAGCUUCCGUCUAGGACAAGGGAAGAAUUUAUUGACGCUUUGCCUCUACCAACUGUUAUGGAGAGUCUAGUUGAAGAUGCAGACUACAAACAACCAUCGCCAAUGAUAAAUGCUUCCCAUCCACUUUCACCGUACCUGUCUCCAAAAUUACCCAAAAAGUCUACAUCUCUCUCCCCUCGCAAUUCUCCCAGCACAAGUCCUUCUGUGUCACCCUAUCAGUCCCCCUCUCCGUCUCCCAAAAUGCUUUCACCUUUACUGCCAUUAACCUCUCCAACAUGUAAAAGUCCGAUGGCUGAAGAUCCUUAUGAUAUACCAGUUCCAUCUUCAAAACCAGACCAACUGCAGAUGCCUGAAGAUAAGGGUGAAGUGGACAAUCUACCAGAAGGAGGGGAUAAGGAUGUUUUGGGAAAUGAUUUGCUUGAGCAGAUUAACACUGUGGCUUUAAAGGACAAAGACAGUAGUCCAUUGAGCGGUCAAAAGGAGGCACAAGAGUUGCACUCAACAGUCGAACAAAAUAGUGCUUCAAGUUAAAACUCAAGUCACUGACAGAUGCAGCAUUCACUGUGCUCCUUAAAAACUUGAACUUCACCAUGUGUUUGAAAAAACUAAGACUCUUCAUAUGGCUAAUAUUGAAUAAAAUAUACAACUACAACUAACACCAUUUCAUUUGAAAAAGGACUAUAUAGAUUUUAUGUAAUUUUUAGAGAUGUUAAGAUUUUAAUAAAUGUGUUAAACUUUGU